AUGUUUGACGUAUUCGGCUCCGUUAAGGGGCUCCUAAAACUCGACUCCGUCUGCAUCGACAACAAUGUGUUCCGUUUACACUACAAAGCCACCGUGAUCAUCUUAAUCACGUUCUCGCUGCUGGUCACCUCGCGACAGUACAUCGGCGACCCGAUCGACUGCAUCGUUGACGAAAUACCGCUCGCCGUCAUGGACACCUACUGCUGGAUCUACUCGACUUUCACAAUCCCGAACCGGCUGGUGGGCCGCGUGGGCAAAGACAUGGUGCAACCCGGCGUCUCAUCGCACGUCGACGGUCAAGAUGAAGUCAAAUACCACAAAUACUAUCAGUGGGUGUGUUUUGUGUUAUUCUUCCAAGCCAUCUUGUUCUAUGUGCCUCGCUACCUUUGGAAAACUUGGGAGGGUGGUCGUAUCAAGAUGUUGGUGCUCGAUCUCAACUGUCCCGUCGUAGGAGAGGACUGCAAAUCGGAUCGCAAGAAGUUGCUCGUUGACUACUUCCACACGAACUUGCAUACGCAGAACUUCUACGCGUUCCGCUUCUUUAUAUGCGAAGUGUUAAAUUUCAUCAACGUUGUCGGUCAGAUAUUCUUUAUGGAUUUCUUCCUAGACGGUGAAUUCUCCACCUACGGCGCCGAUGUAGUGCGUUUUACCGAAAUGGAACCAGAAGAACGCGAGGACCCGAUGGCUAGAGUGUUUCCUAAAGUGACGAAAUGCACCUUCCAUAAAUACGGUCCUUCAGGAACCGUGCAGAAGUUUGACGGGCUUUGCGUACUCCCGCUAAAUAUCGUUAAUGAGAAAAUCUAUGUGUUCCUGUGGUUCUGGUUCGUGAUUUUGUCCAUCCUGAGUGGUAUCUCUCUACUGUACCGGAUGGCCGUAGUGGCCGGUCCGCGCGUGCGCCUUUACCUGUUGCGCGCGCGCAGCCGUCUCGCCCCGCAGGAGCAAGUCGAGUCUGUAGCGCGCAAGCUACAAAUCGGGGACUGGCGUUGGACAGUGGAAAGUGGACUUUGGGUCGUCCGUGUGACGUGUGAGGGAGAGGCGCGGCAGGUAGCUGCGCCCGCUCCGCGGCCGGCGGCCGGCGCGCACAAAGAGCGCUCGGGGCGGCUGCACGCCGACAUUCCAAUACCGCAGCCCCACGCGGGGAACGACCUCCGCCGCCAUUGUAUUCUGGAACGCUUAACUUUUAUCGCUACUGAAACUAUGAUAGUCGUUAUAAACUCUUCCAAACGCAACAUGCCGACUGAGCUGCGCUGCGCCUGCGCGAAUGCAUUUAGAUAUUAA